AGUCGCCCAUUAUUAUCUCUGUCGCAUUUCGUUAUCGAAAAGGGAGCGGAACAACCACAUGUCAUCUAUAAACCUUGGUAAGUGUUUGUGGUGAUGCCAAUGAGUUGGUAAUGUGAAGAGAUUUCGUGUUUUGGCUGUGUGCGUGUAGUGGGUUGGUGGAGGAGGAAGAUUACAGGAGUGCGCUGGUGAGAGAAUCAGGAACGCGAGUGUGUCGUCCAAAAAUAGAUAAAUGGAUGGCAAGUGUACUACCAGAGGUGGUGGUUCCAAUUGUAGUUGGAAAGAUGUCUACUAAUUAGUUACUUGACGUGCAAUCGUAAAGGACAACGAGCAUGGAGGUGCUCAAAACAACCCAGGAGAUAGUUCACGAAGGCUGGCUCAUAAAAUCACCGCCCACAAAACUCUGGCGAGCGAGAUGGAGAAAACGUUGGUUUGCGUUACGGCACAGUGGGGAAUUACCUGGACAGUAUUUCCUGGAAUAUUACACAGAUAGACGCUGUCGCAAGCUGAAAGGCUGUAUAGACCUGGAUCAAUGCGAACAAGUAGAUGCAGGCUUGAGAUUUGAAAAUCGGAAGCAGAAAUAUCAGUUCAUGUUUAAUGUUAAGACACCUAAGAGAACAUACUACCUUGCAGCAGAAAAUGAGGCAGAUAUGAACAAAUGGGUGGAUGCAGUUUGUCAAGUUUGCAGUUUGAAGGCAUACACACAAGAUGAAGAUGCACAGCGCCAGAUGUUUCAGUUUGAAUCGCAAGAGUCACCCCCGAUCUCACCAACUAGUACAAUAUCAGGACCAUACAUUCCAAUCAGUGAAUGUAUUUCUGGUCGACGUUUGAAUGACACAAGUUCGCUUAGUUCAACUUUGGGUCAUGGUCCAGAGCACUACGAUGCUCCAAGAAAGUUAGCACCUUCACCUCCAAGAUCGCCAACCACAACGGAUGCUGAGAGCUUUACCGAUGACGAGUGGACAACACCAGUACCUAGUGUUAAUUGGGACACCUUUCCUUCUAGUGGUGAGCCCAGACAAGCACACAGUUCAUGCGACACGGAAAUCGGUUCCUGGAGUGUGAGAAAGCGCUUUGGUAAACUCCGUAUUGUCGACUCAGUGACUCCUCCCGCGGUAGAGAAGUUGCCAGUACCGCCAAGACCUCCUAAACCACCACACAUGCUGCCAGAGAAUCCUGGACACAACUACCUAAAUUUGGAUGGUGCUACAGAGAGUUCCAAGCCGACUACACCAGCAACACCAGCACCUUCUACACCAGCAACUGCUAUAAUAACGGAUGAAACGUAUGAUUUUCCAAGAUCUCAUCAGCCUGGAGGAGCUGCCGAUACGAGUACAGUAGGACGACCUCCCAGACAUUGUUAUUCGAACGCUGCACCCUCGAACGUAGAUGAUAACAGAGUAUUUCGAUAUGACUUCCAUGACGACGAACCGUCGAGUCCACGUUCAGAAAGCUCUAUGACGGCUACUUAUUCAAAUUUACCGAGUCCACAAAUGAGGGAAAGCACGACCUCGAUUCCGACCACUAUGGCUCCCCCACCGCCUGUCGUCUAUAGACAAUUAAAGCCAGGAAGAAAGACCAGCGAUUCAACGUCAGUUAUUAGUAACGAACCAUCUCCUGGGCCAGUUCUAUCUGUACCAGAUAUAAGUUCGACCGAACAUUCACCAGCUGAACCACCUAGUAUUAAUAGGAAGCUCAAGCCACCUCUUAACAAGUCUCCUUUAGAAGGACCCCUGCAACUAGCUGCUCCACCUGGGCGAGGACGAAUGCGUGCAGCUCCAAGUCCUACACCACCUUCUCACAGUCACACGGGACGCCAUCAAUCAACGUCCGAUGAGGAUAACAAUGCUCCGGAAGAUAAAGAAGAGUUCUACUACUACCAAGAACAUAAUAACUUUAUCCCGGCUUCAUCGAAUCGCCGUCUGGUUGUUCUCCAAUACUUGGACCUAGAUCUUGAGGCCACGGAAAGUUUUGCUUCCUCAAGUUUACCGGUCGCUCAAUCGCCACCGAACACAACCGUCUACAAGACUGUCGACUUCCUCAAAACGGAGGCCUUUAACAGGACGCGACAGCGUGUCGAGGAGGAGAGAAAACAAUGCACUGAUGAGUUGACUUAGCCCGAAUUGCGCUGGAGUACUUACGUCGCCAUCGGUAGGUUUGAUCGUAUUUUCCAGCAACUUUAACGAAGUGGCCCGAAUAGCUAAUUACGAUUACUUCUCCCUUUACGUUUUUUUAGUUAUUUUUUUAAACGACAUAUGUACAUAUGUUUUUAUCCGAUCUGCUGAGUGAUAGUAUCGGCAAGAUUUAACGAGAGGACGAUCGGCAUAUUGAAUAGCAAUAUCUUAACGGACCAAAAAUGUAAUGUUAAAGUUAACGAUAAUCGGACGGGUGAUAGGACAAAGAAGAAUUGUCGUAUCUCGAAAUUUCUAUUCUUUUAUAAAAUAGACAAGAACAAAUAAUGACCCUGGCAGCAUACAAAAUUACUUCUACUCGUUUUGCAUUUAAUUAACGUACAAGAGGUCGGAGGGGGGGAUAACUUUUCAAUUUUUUCAACUGUCUUGUCUUUGUUUUAUUGACAAACGACUGUGCAACGAAUUACAAUUUUGAAUGGCCAUCUACGGCGCUAAUCGAGUCUUUUAUUAGGAUGCACAUUGCUUCUAGGUAUUAGACAAAAUAUAUAGUAUAAUAUAUUGUAAACGUGCCUACACGUAUUUUAUAUAAUUAACGAUUAUUCUCAUAAAAGAACGAAGAGAGGUGGGUGGACGCGCACUGACGAUAAGUGCUAACGCCAAUACGCGAUGUUUCUGUCGUGAUGGUCAAAGCUCCCGUUAGUAACGCGAUUGAAAUGCAACGUACAAAGAGUAUUUUUAUAUAUCAAGAUGGCAUUAUCGUUCUCCAUUUAUAUAUCGUUAGGUGGGGAGAUAGCGUUCGCGUUCUUUGAACUCUCUUUCGGUGCACAAUUUUGUUGCCAGUAUUCCUUUGAUUUUCUUUGUCAUUGCUAUUGAGGGAACUAAGAAUUGCGCAAAAGAAAUUUUAUGAAUUCCACGAGUUUCGUGGCUGUAGAAAAUCACGUUUCUACUUUUAAUUGGAACAUUCAAAAUGUCAAGCCAUCUAGUACUGAAUUCUUUCUAACAGUAUUCUGAUUUUUGGAAUUUUAACAAAAUUAUAGUAAGUCAGCAUACAAGUUAUUGUAAUACACGAUGAAUCGGAGAUCACCAACUUAUAAUUUAAAAGUGGAUUUUUAACAUCAAUUAGGAAUUCAUUUUUUGAAUGAUAAACGUAGAUAAUAGAUACUGAUAUCACAUCCUGUAUCAAUAGAGAAAUAAUAAAUUGUGGCGCGCUAAGGAAUAUGAACGAGAGAUACAUUUUGUAGUUUUAAUAAUGAAAAUGUACACGCGUAUGCCAUAUAUACAGGGUGAAGCAUUCAAAUCAAAAUUGUCAAAUGACUUAAGAACAAGGUCUUGUAUGAACAAAUUUUUGAGAAAAAACUUGUAUGGAGUUUAAGGGGCCAAUAGAAUGGCCUACUUCAAUUAAAACCCUUCAUCGAUAAAAUUACCGUAGGCCAUUUUUCGCUCCCUUAAACCCAUACAACUUUUGUUUCAAACAUUUUUUCAUAUAAGAUCUUGUUCUGAAGUUAUUUGACAGUCUCGAUUUAAAUGCUUCACCAUGUAUAUAUACACACACACACACAUAUAUAUAUAUAUAUAUAUACACACACAAUUUUAUUUUUAUAAUCGCAAUAUUCUAGGAAUCUUUUACAAUUAGGAUUUUAUUCCGUUGAUAUUCGGUCGAUGCAGCGAUAAGUUAUAAAGAAAGGAAGAUAAAAUGAAAUAGUUAUAAUUUAAAUAAUUAUGGAAAGAUAACUGUAUUUAAUGUUAUAUAAAUCGUUUGAGAAUCUUUCCUCUUUUUCUCUCUCAAUCUUUUUUGCUCGCUAUUACACCAUUCAAAAAAAAAAUCCGUGUUCUGUUAUAUAAUAUAUCUUUGACUCGUAAACGAAGAAUUCACGGUUAAGCUUUUGUUUAUAUUUAUGUUGAUGACACCGAAUUAUCGUGAUAGGUAUGAUGCUCACACAUUAGGGAAUUUAUAGUUUAGAAUAAAUUUAAAAAAAUGGCUGGUAAGAAUUAAAUUUAAAAGAAAAAGUAGAAAGAGCAACUAGUUUCUACGCCACAAACCACGCGUGCACGAACACGCAGACGAGGAGAAUAUCUAUAUACUUGUUGAAAACGUCGAUAUCGGCGUCAUUCAAAAUAUGAGAACGUCGAAAGUUUUUGUAUAAUUAAAAUUACCCAAAAAAAAAAUCGUGUAAUACCUGCACACUGAAAUACAUGCUAUUAUAUCCCACCAAUGUUUCAAAGGCUAAUAAAUAAUACAUAUGAUAAUAGGUACGUUAAAAUGACGACCUAGUGUAGGUCCGCGGCACAAUCGAAAAGAGAAUGACGAAUUAUUAAAAAAAUAUAUAUAUACAUAUGUAUAGAUUUAGGGCUCUCUCAGUUUUAAUGGCUAAUUGGCGAACAUGUCUAUAAGCGAGAAACACAUAUCCGCAAUAUCGUUAGGAAUUAACGUCGCGACGACCGUUAAUAAUAAUAAUAUUAAUAGUAAUAAUAAUAAUAAUUCAUAACUCGUGAUCUCUUUACCUCGCUGCAUUGCUUCAAUAGUAUCCAUGAAGCUCCAAAGUUUGGUAAAUUACCGUUUGCAAAUUCAUCUAUGGCAUUGACUGCUGUAAGCUUCGACACAACUAACAAUUAUAACGAGACACAUUGUUUCUUAAGGCUGAAACAGUAUAUGGUAUCUACCUGUAGGUAAUAUAUUUAAAUGCACAACAUACCUGACUAGGUUGGAGAUCAUCGAGAGAAUCAACGAUAGACGUUGAGGAACGUCGCGACGCAAUCUUUCUGACCUUACUUAAUGUACUUCAUCGAUAAAUAAAGAGGAACGUUUAUAUCA